ACCUAUCAGCUCGUAUAUAUAGUAUUCCAUAUAGGUCCGUAUCGUUGUUUUGGCUGGUUUUUCCAAGUGGAUAUCACGGUGCCAUUAUUUAAAUCCAUGUGAAGAAAUAAUUCAAUUUCCCCAGAUGCACCCUGAUGAGGGGAAAACUAAUACUUUUCGUAUACUUUAAUAUACUUUUCCCAAGCACUCGGAUAGUUUGGAAGAUUCAGAAAUUGUUUGAACUAACGACUACUCGUUCUAGUAUUUUUGGACAUUGAUUAACCAUGUCGAGUACAAAGCCAAAGUUGAGGGUUAUGGCGAUACAUGGCUAUCGUCAAACUGACAGCGUUUUCUCAGCAAAACUUGGAUCGUUGAGGAAAAGUUUUAAACAAAAAAUCGACUUUCAUUUUGUGCGAGCGCCACAUUUAGUACCACCGUUAGAUUCGAAUAACGAACCGAAAGAAUCUGGCACUGAAGAUGCCGGAUGGUGGUUUAAUACAGAAGACCACGUUUUCAAAGCUAUUGAGCCUAGUAAUAUCUGCGUCGGAUUUGAAGACAGCUUGGCUGAAAUUGAAAAAGCUUUCCAAGAAUCUGGUCCGUUUGAUGGAAUCAUUGGUUUUUCUCAAGGAGGAGCUUUUGCAGCAAUUUUGUGCGCUAUGCAACAAAAAAAGUUGCUGUCCAUAAAGUUUAAUUUUGCAAUCCUGAUAUCUGGCUUUAAAUCCCUUUGCAAGCCUCACGAGAUUUACUACGAUGAAAAAUUGCAUUUACGAACUCUUCACGUUUAUGGCGAAACAGACAAAGUAAUACCAACAGUCAUGGCAAAGGAGUUGGCUGAUUUGUUUGACAACAAGACUGUUGUCACUCAUGAAGGUGGUCAUUAUAUACCUGGGAAGAAACAAAUUUACAACGAAUUUAUUGAUGAAAUGUUGACACUUAAAGAAAAUGUACAGCAACAGAAAAUAGAUGAAUUCAAAUAAAUCCAAUGUGACCCAAUUAA